AUGGCAAAUGGAACGCUUCUUUUCGAUGAAAAUAUUAAUGGAUCAACAAAUGAAACGGAUUCACCUCCUCUGCCUGAUGUCAGUCAAGCCGAAAUUCUCUUCGAUAUUCUUUUCAUGGCGAUUACUGGUUUCUCGGGAAUCUUGUUCGGCUUUUUGGGUGUUAUCGUCGUUCGAAAGAACUUUUUGGACGGCAUCGCCGAACAUUGUGCUUUCAUCGACUUAUUCCAACUGACACUCAUCAAUUUCUGUCACCUCUUUGGGCGGUGCAGUGCGCUAUUUGGGACCCUCAAUGAAGCGCUCCCAUUUCUCGAUCACUUUGCGGGUUUUGUCAUGUGUGCACUGGCGAUCAGUUUCCCGCCAAAGGAGGAGCUGCAGAUGGUCACCAAUUUGGGCACCGGCUUCAUCUUGACUAUUUCGAUUGCUGUCGCCGGCGAAUAUGUGACCAUCGUCGUCGCUGGCCGCUUUCUGUUCUCUUCACGACGAACGGCAAUUUUGCACGCUAAUCACCUGCAAAAGUUGUUGAAGAAGCGCGAUAAGAAGGCACACAUCGUGGAGAUUCAAGUUAAUGGAGGAACUAUUGAGGACAAAGUUAACAUCUUGAGACCCAAGUCCCAGUCGAUAGUGUCUUUUCCAAAGAUGAGCUUAUCGACAUCAUUGGAGUCACCAAAGGACACGGAUUCACGGGAGUCACAAGCCGCUGGCACACCAAGAAGCUUCCUAGAAAGACCCACAAAGGUCUCCAAAAGGUCGCUUGUAUCGGAGCUUGGCAUUCAUCCCGUGUAUAAUUCACGGUUGCUCGUGCCGGUCAAGAGGGAUAUCAUCAUCGUACUGAAACGAACAAGAAAAUCUACCGCAUUGGCCACUCAUCUGAGACCCCGGAAGGCAAAAACAAUGGAGCAACCGAAUUUGAUGCUACUGAGAAGACGAUUAACCCUAUGGUGGGGAGGCUUCCCUCAUUAUGGAAUGGUCAAGCAAGACUUCGUCAUGAUUCGUGGAUGUUGCCUUGGAACAAAGAAGAGACUAAUCACGCUCCGCAAAUCGCACUACACGCACACAAAGCGCUUUGCUUUCGAGCAAAUCAACCUGAAGUGGAUUGACACCUCUUCCAAAUUCGGACAUGGACGUUUCCCAACUGCUGCCCAGAAGAAGACCUUCAUGGGGAAAUUCAAGAAAGCUUUCCUCGUCGAAAAGGAAGACGUUCAUCUU